CAACUCCUUUCGAUGCCCAUCCCGUCACAAUACUUAUCGUCUCACACAUCAAUCCUGAGUAUUUCUCACAACUGUCAACUCCUGUAUUGUGUGACUCAGGUUGAAGGAGGCGGGACAUGAUGAUAGCGACCCACAUAUCCCCACCAAUAGGACAUCUGUAAUAGACCGACUUCCUCAAACGAGGGUGUCGGUUAGUGCCUUGGCGACAGUCCUCUCUUAUGUGUUUCCCUCCCACCAUCCAUGCGCUACCCUGACUUUCUCACACAACCACAUAUCCUUGUUAUCCUUCUCACUGACGUCUAUUGCUCGUUUAGCAAUAUUCUUAGGCAUUUAUCACUAUGUUGAGCGAGUAUUCUGCUCCUACGGCUCAAGACUUUGCUCAGAAAACCACCAAUUUUCUCAAUUGGUUUACUUCAUCUCACGAUACUCGGUUGAGUUCCAAGAUUCAACUCGAGGACUUGAGGUCUCAACAUGCAGGACGAGGGGCUGUGGCCACUCAGGAUAUCGAAGAGGACGAGGAGCUAUUUGCUGUCCCACGCAACCUAGUGCUUACCGUUCCCACCUCGAGUAUCCCAACGCAUGUCUUCGAUUCCCUCGGUGAUAUUGGGUCAUGGCCGCCUCUCAUCGUCACGAUCAUCUACGAGUAUCUGCGCAGAGAGGCUUCCCCAUGGUAUCCAUACUUCCAAGUCCUGCCUACAGCCUUUGACAGCCUGAUGUUUUGGAACGACCAAGAAUUGGCACAACUUCAAGCAAGCGCCGUCAUCGAGAAGAUUGGCAGGGCUGGCGCUGAAGAGUCAUGGAAAGAGACCAUCAUCCCAGUCAUGCUAAAACACCCAGAACUCUUUCCUAUCUCUGGCUCAAGUGACGGAGAGAAAAUCUCUACACUGAUAAGCCUUGCUCAUAUGGCUGGUAGUCUGAUCAUGGCAUAUGCCUUUGACAUCGACCAUGAUGAUGACGACGAUAAAUCCCAGCCGGCGAAUCAGGAAGAUGAGUUCGAGGAAGACGACGAGGAUGAGCCAUCCAAGGGCAUGGUUCCUUUCGCGGACAUGCUCAAUGCAGACGCCGACAGAAACAAUGCCCGACUUUUCCAAGAAUCCGAUUUCCUCAUCAUGAAAUCCACCAAACCCAUCAAAGCUGGAGACCAGAUUUUCAACGACUACGGACCCCUGCCAAGAUCUGACCUCCUUCGUAUGUACGGCUAUGUGACAGAAAAUUACUCACAGUACGAUGUGGUGGAAAUAUCCUACGACCUGCUACUCGAGGUUGCAAACAAAAACCCUGGCAAAGAUGCUGCGAGUCAGGCAUGGCAGAAGCGCGCAGACCAGCUUGACGAACUCGGACUGUUGGAUGAUGGGUAUGCUAUCCCACGUCCAUCAGAACCAGAGGUGAAAGAGCUUGGUGACGCCAUCCCUGGACAAUUGCACAUGCUACUUCGAGCAUUGGCUUCUCAUGACCAAGACAAUGGAUGGAUGAACAAGCCAAAAGACGCGGUCACAAUCGAAGAAGCAGCCUUGUUGCAAGCUGCAUUGACAAAGAGAUUGACUGAAUAUUCCACCACUCUCGAAUCCGACCGCGAGCUCUUGCAAAGAUUGCGCAACGGUGACACCACUCUCGAAGAAAUCGCAACUCCAGACACCAAGCCGAAUCGUGUCUUCAUGGCUUUGCAAGUCCGUGUGGGUGAAAAAGAGAUUUUACAUCAAAUGCUGGCCUUGUGUCGAGAGCAUAUCAGUCGUAAGACCCAGGAAAUCGCCACUACAAACGGAUCGAACAAACGCAAGCACAUGUCGGACAACAAUCAACAAUCGAAGAAGACUGCUCGUCGAUGACAACAAACGCACAUGAUGCCCACAGUGCAAGAUUGGAGAAAGUUUUUAAUUCUUUCGGAUUGAGACGAUGGCGCUGGCCUCGUUCAUACUAUGUACACAGAUACAUGCUGAUGGUUCUAGGAUUGCCAGACCUCAUCAGGGAUCCUUACUCCGACAUAAGCCGUUCUAUCACCCUGGAUUGCAAUAGCCGAUCAGCAGUCAGACAUGGCGCCGAGUGCAAAAUGGGCUGUUGCCUGGACCCUGACAGUCUCAGCAAUCUGGAUCCCUGGGCCCUGAGAUGAGAGGGGGAGAGUUUUUGAAAUUGUGCUCUCGACAACUUGUGGAAAUCAAAACAGACAAUGCUCUCCUUGGAACAUGUCAAGAUGGUGCCGUGAUGGUCACCGAGGGGGCUGAAGGUGAUGAAUGACUGGGCCCACCAGCUUCGAGCUGUGCCUUUCUCAUGGCUUGGGCUUGGGUUUCCGACGGUCGACUGCUGACGUUGAGAUAUGCACGUUGCACCAUUCGUGCAAGACUGUCAUCCGUCAUGUCUGUGUCGGAGUCAUCAUCAUUGUCCGAGUCGAAACGCCACCGAUCGUCCUCAGCCGCACUUCGUUUGGGCCGAGUAAACUUUCGAUCGAGCAUGAUCCGACCUCCUCUACCGACUCUCCUCCUAAAAGCCGGCAUGCUUUCACCAUGCUCUUCGCUGGGAGGUGAAGCAUAUCUAAUUGGCGGCGUCGGUGGCCUCGAGAUAUGCUUGGCCUGCUUAUUCGCCACUUCUGGGCCAUUGGAUUCCUCAUCCGAAAUACUAGCUGGCGGUGUUGGAAGAUAAAUACUGGUGGCAAUGGCUUCUCGGAAAUGGUCGAUUGGCUCAAGAUAGUCAGGUUCGGCUUCGGGGGUGAGUGGUGCCAACGUCUUAUCGACAAAGCCUUCGUUCCACCGGAUAUGCUUUUCGACAUUGGUCUGGAUCUCCUUCUCCAUCUCGCGUUCCUUGGCGGCAGUGACGUCCUCCAGAGUUCGCAGCUCUGAACUGGUACCAGGAGCCAUGGGCAUACGAAGUUGUUGGGCAAGAGCAGCUUGAUUGGGAUUCAUCGCAGGGUUUACCUUCUGCUUCUGUUGCAACAGGUCAGUUACGUUCUCCUUGAUGCGUUUGCAUGUCUGGGGUUUGUCAAGACAUACCUUUUGGUUGAUGAGAAGUUCAUCGUCACCCUUAAUGCCCAGCUUUCUCUUGGUGUCACGGAAGGCCAAACGCUGCUCAAAGACAAGUCGCUCAAGCUCCAGUUGUUCCUUACGAAGGAUCUCCCUGCGUUUGACCGCAUUCAACAUGGCACGAGCCGUCUCGAGUUCCAUGCGGAGUUUCCGCAGUUUCUCGGCACUCUGUGCAUCACGAUUCCUCGUCUUUCGAAUCUGUCGGAGUUCUCUUCGGCGGAAAGUCACGUAUGGAUCCGAGUCAUCAGUCUCUGCACCAGUCUCAAACUUCAACCGAGGGGCGAGACCACGGUUUCCUGUGGUUGAGCGUCGUGUUUUCCAGUGUUCGUAGAUGACUCUGGAAAAUGUGCGCACAUGAGCAGGUGUGCUGUCAUCGAAUUGAUCUUGCAAUUCUUCUAAAGGUAAGACAGGUGGACUAUCGACCACGGCAAAAGGUUGUUUUGUCUGGGCAGUUUCUUCAAAGAAGUUCAUGACCUCUUCGAAUUGAUCUUCGGAACAAACAGGUUGGCCAUUUAACGCCUUUGCGUUUAUCAAUUUCAAGGCAAGUUCAUCUUCUUCGUCCAUGCAAUAUGCCACUCCGGCACAAUCUUCGACAGUGGCAGAGGAGCGAAUGUAUGUGGCAGGCUGUUGAAAGCCUGCCGGAUACAGGAGAUCAUAUUUGACAUCACUGGCGAUGGUAGGUGGAGUUGGGAUGUACGCGUCUUUGAUCUUUGCAUCUGCUUUUGCAACAUGGCUAGCCUUGAUGGCUUGUUGAAGAUGGUAUUCCUAGAGAGAAUCAGUCGUGAUGUUUGAUUGGUUGAUGUUGCCAAGAUCGGAUGACUAAGCAUGGGUCGAAAAGGACAGGUAACAACCAAAACGAAAAAGUUUUGGGGGGUGUAAAGGCAAGGGGAAAGAGAGGCAGGAAGGGGAGGAUCAAGGACUUACGGCUUCCUCUGCCUUUUCAACACCGGUUUCUAUCUGAGCUCGUUGGGAAUCAUAGUCGGGUUGAGGUUCGACUUGAUCCUCACGAAAAAUCUGGACAUUUUGUUUGGCGUUGAGUUUUUUGGGGCGGGUGUGCCUGCCUGUCGCGCGUGACAUGGACGCUUUUUUAGGUGGGAGGUCGGGUCAACCUCAUAGAGAGAGGAGGACCGACCAACAACGCCAGAAGGUGCAGCACCACCACUUCAAAAAUUAGAUCAAUGUCAACACAGCAU